UAGACUCAGUCCGGGUCAACUCGGGAGCUGCUAAACCCGGAAAUGAGAUGUGAUGCUUUGGAGGAAAAUAAACGCGUUUUUGUGAGAGAAAAAAACAACAACAACAUGGAAAUUCACUUCCUGCCAAGUUUGCUGGUGUUGUCUUUCAUAGCCACCGCUUUCGGCGACGGUGGUGAGCUGACGUUAGUUCAGGAGUUGUCCUCCAAGCCGGCCCAGAAGCUGUCAAGAUACGGUUGGUAUGGCAACAUCAGGCUGACCAUGUUCCAUAUCCCGGACGACACCGUCGUCGCCCGCUGGCUGUUCACUGUAACCAGGGGCAGCGGUUUCAACUGUGGAACACACAACGUCACCAUGUACAUGCGUUGGGGAGCUCCUCCAGUCAUUGACCCAGUAGGACGGCUGUUUCCUAACAACACUGUGACAUCACCAGUCCUCUCGCUCAACCUGCCCAUGACAUCAUCACAAAGCAACACAACCUUUAACCUCUCUAACCCCGCCCCCGGAGACUGGUACCUGGCGGCUCACCUGCCCCGAGACGAUGGACGCAUCGAACACAAGGGAUUCCCGUCCUGCUCUUACCUCUUCCAGCCCCAGCUGUCAGUCAGGAGAGCAGUGGACACACCCAUCCUCCAGGCCACGCCCCUAACCCAGAGCGCCUCCCCCGACAGACCUGCACGACUCAGGGUUUUUGUUCCAGAGUUCGUGUCGUCUCUCUCUGUGUCUGUGAGUGGCUGUACCUGGUGGGAGGGACUUGUGAACGGAGACUGUUCAUUGUCCCUCACGCUGGGCUCCUCCUCCCCCCAGGGGGGGCUUGUGAGGGUGAACUGUUCUCUGAUUGGCUGCUCGGCCGUUCUCCUCGCUCCCCCAUGGAAUACUUGGAUACGAGUCACCGUGGAUAGUUACCAUAGCAACCGAACCACAGCCUUCAGCAUCUCAGUCAACUACACAGUGGGUUGUAAGCCUCAGAGCGUGGGUAUGUCUGGAGACGAUUACAUUAACAGGCUCCAUGGCAACAGCAGCACGACAACAUCACCAGGCAACGGUUCUGUGGUUGCCGAGGCAGGUCGUCAUAACAACGUGUCGUCGGAGUGUGUGUGGAGUGUCCCAGUGCUCCGUGAGGAACUAGACGUUCUGUCUGUCCGGUUCUCUCCCAUUAAUGGACCUAAUGUAACGGUCACACACACACACCCCACGCUCCUCACCUACCCCCUCAACACACAGUCUACUGGAGGGACCUUGAACCUGGAGAUUACACUCAACACUACUAAUGCAACGUUAGGAAACAGCAGUGUGAUGGCCUGUUUCUCUUCCUGGGCUCCUGUCCUCGCACUCAACUACUCCCAUCCCUGUCACACAGGGUUGUUCUCAGCCGUUGGGUUGAGUGUGAACGUCAGUGUUCCUGGGACCGUCAUCAGACUUCCCUUCCCCCAGGCUGCUACCUGGUACCUCACCUUACAACUCUUCUGCAACAGUAGUGACUGUGGUAACGUGACAGUAACACCACAGCUCCAUGUAUCAGCCUGUAUCGAGGACUGUGGGACCUAUGGAGAGUGUCGACUGUUGAGGUCCUUCAGCUAUCUCUAUGCUGCCUGUGUCUGCAAAGCCGGUUGGAGUGGGUGGGGCUGUACUGAUGACAUCACAGCCCAGUCGUACGGUCGUCAGCUGACAGCAGUUCUACUGCUCACGCUCAGUAACCUCCUCUUCAUCCCGCCCAUCGUCAUCGCUGUCCGACGCUGUUACAUCACUGAGGCCUCUGUCUACCUCUUUACCAUGUUCUUCUCUACUUUCUACCAUGCAUGUGACCAGCCUGGUUUAACAGUGAUGUGUAUCAUGGAUUACGACACUCUCCAGUACUGUGACUUCCUGGGUUCAGUCUGUUCUAUCUGGGUCACUGUUCUCUGCAUGGCCCGAGUCAGAGACACAUUCAAACACAUGUUGUUCAUGCUCGGUACUCUGCUGAUAGCGAUGUCCAUGCAGCUGGACCGGAGAGGACUGUGGAACAUGCUGGGACCCAUCCUCUGUGCUGUACUGGCCAUGGUGACCUCCUGGGUGUAUCGAGGGCUGAAGAGGAAACAGUGCUACCCCCCCUCUUGGCGGCGUUGGGUACUGUUUCUCCUCCCAGGCCUGGCCUCAGCGCUGGUCGGUGUGUGUGUGUACGUGUUUGCUGAGACGGAGGACAACUACCUGUACACACACUCUCUAUGGCACGUCCUGGUUGCCUCUAGUGUGGUGUUCCUUCUGCCUCCCAGAGAGACAGACUCCAUGAACACCUGGAGCCCUGGAGUCUGUGGUUACACACUCUGUCACAGCACCAAGGAGGAACUAUACACUGUCACCUGACCUCUGACCCUGGACCUGUGGAGACCAACACUGUCACAUAGGUUUAAGGCUGUGACCAUACCAGUAUUGACAGAUUUUUUUUCCAUGGAAAAAUGAAUAUCUGAAACAGACAACUCUUUUGUCCUUUAAUAACCUGCUGGAUGUAAAAUCUAGUAUUUUAUAGCCUGGAAAAACAUUAAUGAAAACAUAAUGAUGUUUAAUAACCUGCUGGAUGUAAAAUCUAGUGUUUUAUAGCUUGGAAAAACAUGAAUGAAAACAUAAUGAUGUUUCCAAUAUUAGGGCUGUUUUCCUAAAGAAGUUACAUCCUCUUGGUGUUUCCUUGAUACUAUGAAGUAAUCCUGGUGUGGUCCCAGCUCUGCUAGCUGUAUGUUGGUGUGUGUGUAUAUAAUCCUGGUGUGGUCCCAGCUCUGCUAGUUGUAUGUUGGUGUGUGUGUAUAUAAUCCUGGUGUGGUCCCAGCUCUGCUAGCUGUAUGUUGGUGUGUGUGUAUAUAAUCCUGGUGUGGUCCCAGCUCUGCUAGCUGUAUGUUGGUGUGUGUGUAUAUAAUCCUGGUGUGGUCCCAGCUCUGCUAGUUGUAUGUUGGUGUGUGUGUAUAUAAUCCUGGUGUGGUCCCAGCUCUGCUAGUUGUAUGUUGGUGUGUGUGUAUAUAAUCCUGGUGUGGUCCCAGCUCUGCUAGCUGUAUGUUGGUGUGUGUGUAUAUAAUCCUGGUGUGGUCCCAGCUCUGCUAGCUGUAUGUUGGUGUGUGUGUAUAUAAUCCUGGUGUGGUCCCAGCUCUGCUAGCUGUAUGCUGGUGUGUGUGUAUAUAAUCCUGGUGUGGUCCCAGUAUGUAUAUAUAUGACAUAUAUUUCUGGUCAAGGAUAUGAAUGUUUUCCUAAUAAUAUAUUUAUAUGACAUCACUGCCUGCUAAUCCAUCAUGUCUUGCCCCUCCCUCUUCCUCCUUUCCUCCUCGUCCUCCUCUAGUUUAGAUUCACUACUAGAUAGAGGAAGACUGCUAGUAAAAGCAGGGGUGAGUGUAAUUAACUUGCAGAAACAGAAGUGUUUCGGGCCUCCAGAACUGAACAGCCCCGAGUAAAGAAUAGUGCCAGAUUCUAGCAAUUAAGAUGUUUUUUCUCAUUGAUACAAUUUAUUUCUCUGUGUGUAGUUUGGAGGAAGUUAAAAGUCGUUUCACGAGUCAAUGCUAACUAGCAUUAGCAGAAUGAGUGGAAGUCUACCAGCACAGCUAGCACCUGUAGACUCAUGUUAUCUGUCUCGAUUCAAACACUAUAAUGGUAUAUUUACUCAUAGGAACCCUUUCCCUUGAGCAAGGCAGUUUACCCCCAACAACAACUGCUCCCCGGGUGCCGAUGUUGUGGACGUUGAUUAAGGCAGCCACCCCCCCCCGCACCUCUGAUUCAAAUGGGUUAAAUGCAUUCAGCUGUACAACUGACUAGGGUUCCCUUUCCCACAUCUCAAUGGGCCCAGUUCCAAUUCUAUAUCCUCCCUCCGUUCCUUACUCCCUUCCUUCUCCUUAGAGCACUUUAAUGACUAAGUGUAAUAAUGUAAUUUUAAUGCCAUCUAAAUGUAAUUUGUGUAGAGGUCUUUCUCUGAAUGUGUAUUUUGAAACUAAUCAGAUUGUGUAUCCAGUGCCUCUCCACUCUCUGUGUGUUCUGCAAGACCAGUUCCACCAUUCCUCUUAUUCUCUGGUCAUACAGCUUUCAUUUCACAAUGAUAUUAAGUUAGAAUUAAGCAUUUUAAUGUUCUGGUGUUGGGUUAAUAAUAAUGUUUUUAUGUUCUGAAAGAGUUUUUCAUGAUCACAUGUUAUGUUAAUGAGAUGUUAAUGUAAUGUUUCUGAUAUGGUAAAUAUAUGUUAAUUUUCAUGGGCU